CUCCCCGGACAGAAAUAGUGUAACAGUCAACAAUAAACGUUGAAAAGUGCCGCAGUUUGUGCCGUGCAGAUUCUUAUUUUACACUUUAGUGAUUUCUGAGUUGAUAUGAAAACAUGUUCAGAUAAGUGAAGCACGAUUCAUUUGUUUUUGUGUUUCAGUUUUUAAUCUUCACAGUAUUUCGGUUGAGGUUUGGUUAUAAUGGGAGUGCAUGGACUCUGGAGGCUGCUGGAGAGUACAGGGAAACCCAUCAACCCUGAGACUCUGGAGGGAAAGGUCCUUGCUGUUGACAUCAGUAUAUGGCUGAACCAGGCAGUGAAGGGGGUGAGGGACCGUGAAGGCAACAGUGUCCAGAACGCCCACCUCCUCACUCUCUUCAACCGCGUCUGUAAGCUGCUCUUCUUCCGCAUCAGGCCAGUCUUUGUGUUUGAUGGGGACGCACCACUGCUGAAGAAACAGACUCUGGCUCUGAGGAGGCAGAGGAAAGAGGAGUUGAGCCGGGAGUCCAAACAGACCAAUGAGAAACUUCUCAAAACAUUCCUGAAGAGACAAGCGAUCAAAGCUGCACUUGGAGACCGCAGUAAGGAUCCUCUACCCAGCCUCUCCACUGUGAGGAGAGAUGAGGUGGACGACAUUUAUGUUCUACCAGCCCUGCCAGCUGCAGAGGAGAAGGACCAAAACAGUUCUGAGGAGGAGGAGGAGGAAGAGAAAGAGUUAGAGGAGACAGACAACGGCCAUCACAUGUAUCAGGGAGAAUUGUAUGAAGACCCCAACUCAGUGGACAUUAACUCAGAGGAGUUUGCCAGCCUGCCUCCUGAAAUGAAACAUGAGAUACUCAAAGACAUGAAAGAGUUCUCCAAAAGACGUCGGACCAUGUACCACAAACCCCCAGAGCAUUCAGGAGACUUUUCACAGUACCAGCUUGCCGGCCUGCUGCAGAGGAACAAGCUGAACCAGCGACUGCAGGGUGUGGAGAAAGAGAUGAGCCAGCAGAGCACCGGCAGCGCUCCACAGCUCUGCCAACUGGACGGGGACCAGCAGAGGCACAGCGUAGAGUCACACCGACUGGUUUCAGAAGACUAUUCCCACUAUAUCCUUAUUAAAGGCUCCAAGAAGAGCGAGACUGCCCCCGAGAGCCGACCCGCAACCGCAGCCUGGUCUGGGAGCUCCCUGACGGGCUGCGAAAGACGAGCAGCGGACAGACCUGAGCCACUGUGGCGUCCUGCUUGUGAGGACGAAGCAGAAGUGCAGGGUCCCUCCUCAAAAAACUCCAAACCGUCUGUCUUCAAACCGUCUCUGGGAGACACAUCACCUCCCUCGCCUCGUACGCUCAAGGCGAUCCAGGCUGCGAUGAGCGACAGCUCAGACGAGGAGAAGGUGGACCGUGAUAAGGACGGCCGUGUGUCCCCGCGCACCCUGCUGGCAAUCCAACAAGCUCUAGCGGAGGAGGAAGAUGACGCUGCCGUACACAGCACUCUAAUCAGCAGCACAUCCACCAAACUGCAGGCGAAUAUUCAUCAUCCUGGGCCACAAGUGGUCAUCAGCAGCUCAGAGGAAGAGCCAAACCCUGGAAACGUGAGCCCUUUGCCUAAUGAAAGAUCCGAUUGUAAGGGGAACCCAACAGGCCAAAGUUUACACGUGGAAGAUGGUUUGUUUGUUAGUAGUUCUGAAGAUGAGAUGGAGAGUGUGAUCGGUCAGAGAAAUGAAGCACUUCGCUUUGCGGCGCAGCAACAAACUCCUGAGACAGAGAUGAAGUCCGAAGAGGAGCUAAAGAAAAGACAGUUGACAGAGGAUAUACGGACGGGAAGUAGAGGACAGAUGGAGAAACCAGAAGAGCUGGAGGGAUUGAACACAAAGCCUCGGGCUGCUUCCAAUCAAAACUCAUCAUCCAUUAAUCUCUCUGCUCAACUAUUUGGAAAACCUCUCAGUGCAGAGACUGAAAUUCAUCCUGCGUUGUUAACGCAGAGGAGCAACGAGAUGAUUGAAGCUCAAGGGGAAAGGAAUGGAGAUGAUGUGAAGUCGGAGGGCAGCGAGGAGAGCGAGUCAGAAGAGAGCUUCAUCGAGGUGUCCGACGAAGAAUUUCCAGAGGAGGAUGCAGACGACUCCCUAGUAGUGACGGGAGAGAAAGGGUCUCCAGAUGAGGCCCGUAGAGACGAGACCAAGCAGGAAGAAAACCCAGAGCAAGGUUUGACCGAGGCUCCAGCUGCUGCUUUGGAAUUAGAGGAAGAAGACGACAAAAAGAGACGGACGGAAGAGAAAGCGCUAAAGGAGGGAACAGAGACCGAAGAAUCCAGCUCAACUCCAGCAAUCAAUGAAUGGGAACACUUUGAUGUGGAUGAGCUGGAGGCGCUGGAGAGCUCUCUGCAGGCGGAGCAGAGCAGCCUGAGGGAGCUGAAACAGCAGCAGGAGAGGAUGGCGAACACGGUCACUGGACAGAUGCACCUGGAAAGCCAGGAGCUGCUGCGGCUGUUUGGCGUGCCGUUCCUUGUGGCACCGAUGGAAGCCGAGGCUCAGUGUGCAGCACUCGACCGCGCCGAACACACACACGGGACCAUCACAGACGACUCAGACGUGUGGCUGUUUGGAGGGAGACACGUCUACAAGAACUUCUUUAGCCAGAACAAAUAUGUUGAACACUACCAGUACAGUGACCUACAGAGCCAACUGGGCCUGGACAGGACCAAACUGAUAAACCUGGCUUAUCUGCUUGGAAGUGACUACACAGAGGGCGUGCCGGGGGUCGGAUAUGUUACUGGCAUGGAGAUACUGAAUGAGUUCCCAGGGCCGGGCUUGGAGCCACUCUCACAGUUCAGUAAAUGGUGGUUAGAGGCUCAGGAGAAAAAGCGUCUGGUAGCAGAUCCUCGGGACUCGAAGGUUAAGAAGAAAUUGAGGGACCUUAAACUGCAUCCUGGGUUCCCUAACCCUGCGGUGGCUCAGGCUUACCUGCAACCUGCUGUGGACCAAUCAGAGAGCUUCUUCAGCUGGGGACGCCCACAACUCGACAUGAUCAAAGAAUAUCCUUGAUCGACUGAUCGUGUGUGUGUGUGUGUGUGUGUGUGUGUGUGUGUGUGUGUGUGUGUGUGUGUACUCGCAUUUCUAUACCGAUGGGGACCUUGACCUGAAUACACACUCACAAGGUGGGGACUCGUGUCACCGUGGGGACCAAAAUCAGGGUCCCCACGGGCAGACCCCUCUCAAAGCAUAGAAAACAGCUUCCUGAUAUGCCCAGUAUCAAUAACUCCAAUGUCCCCUUUGGGGGGGUUUUCAUGAGAAAAAUGUGUGUGUGUGUAAGACGCUGACGUCCUACUGGCAAACGGUGGUAUUGCAAGUGUGUGAACUUUUCUGUGAACAUGCGCCCCUCCUGGUAAUAAAUGGUAUUGCAGCAUAAUGAAAAUUUAA